GCCUUGCGAAACGAAUGGGCGCUCGAACGGCAAACACUACUGAUUUGUUGUUAAGCUAGCUAGCUGUUUAGCCCGAUACGUUAUAGUAGGUACUAUAGCUAUAAGACUGGCUAUUGUAUUCCUAAACCAUGUAGCUAGCCAAGUCAAUGUCCGUCAGAAGUAAGUUACCCGAGAUGGAUGCCUUUUUGGGAUCCCUUCAAGCUCAUGAUGUGAGCUCUGUCCUAACGUCUUGCGAGCCAGAGCUCCAGGAGCUGAUGAAACAGAUCGACAUCAUGGUGAACCAGAAAAGGAUGGCGUGGGAAGCAGAGAUCCACGCCAUGGAGCGCCGUCUGCACAGCGGAGAGGAGGAACUCCUCUCAGCCAGAACCCUAAUAGACCAAAGGAACGCAGAGGUGGGGGUCCUCCGGAAGCAGCUGGAGAAGGCUCAGGCUGUGAAGCAAGAGCUGGUAACAAAGUAUGAAGAUCAGCUGCAGCAUGUCAGAGAUGAGCUGUCCAGGCUGAAGCGGAGCUACCAAAAGCUUCAGAGUAAACAUCUGAAGUCUCGUGAGGGACCUAAGAGCCGUGAAGAGAACAGGAUGGAAGUGACCCUCCUCAAUGAGAAGAUCGAGGAGUUUCGGCAGCGUUCAGCCCAGUGGGAGCAGCAGAGGCUCCAGUAUCAGAAACAGGUGGCCUCUCUGGAGGCGCAGAGGAAGGGCCUGGCCGAGCAGUUCACUGCUACCAAGUCACAGGGGGCAGUGUGGCUGCAGGACCCAGGAGGAGAGCGUGCCGGGCAGGCAGAGAUUCAGCGGCUGAGGGCUCAGCUGGAGAGGGCCCAGGACACACUGCACUCCCAGGAGCUGGAGCUGGAACGACUCCGGCACCUCCAGGAGCAGCUGGCUAAGGAUGGGGAGACGUGGAGGGAGGGACAGGUGCUAACAGAGAAGGCGGGGAAGCAGGAGUUCCUCAACGAUCUGUCCAAACUGACCGUGGCGCUACAGUCUAAAGAACAGGUUAUACGGUCUUUAGAGGAGUGUUUAGAGGCCCAGGGGAGUGGAGGUCCUGGACUACGACCCCUCAGACAGGACCUGGAGAAGACCACCACCAGGCUGCACUCUGCCCAGGCCUCAGAGAUCCACCUGAAGGGUGAAGUAGCCCGCCUCAGAGACAGGCUGGAGACAAUGAGCCGACACGGAGGAGAGUUGGCCAAGACCAACCUGGAGCCGAAACACACGGAGGAGGAGAGGAGUCACUCUGUAGUGGAGGUCAAGAGGCUUCGAGAAGAGCUGGCCAGGGCGGAGCAAAUGCGCUCCGGGGAGGUGGAGGGGAUGAGGAAGGCGGUUUCUCAACUGACCAAUGAGCUGCACCAGCGUGACAUCACCAUUGCCACCCUCGGAGGCUCCGCCUCCAGUGUGGAACGACAGCUAUUUGGCGAGGUGGAGCGGGCCAAGCGCCAGGCAUCUGAGCUCAAGAUGACUCGGGUGCAGCUGGAAACACUGAAGAUUGAGAACCAGCACCUCAAUGAGCUGCUUGAGAGAGUCGAAUCCAGGUCUCCUAAGAAGGGUGACAGCUCCCUGGCAUCACUGAGAGAGAGCUAUGUGUCCUCCCUGAGCAGCCUGGAGCAGGAGAACCGGGCACUGAGACAGGAGCUGAUGGAGGUAAGAGCUCAUCUGGAGGCAUCCACACAGACCUGGCAGGACAAGCUGGACCGAGCCCGGCUACAACACCGAACAACCGCCCAGGACAGGACUGAAGAGGCGGUGCUGUGGCAGAGUCACAGGGAGGAGAUGAUAGCCAUGGAGACCCGGAUGCAGGAGAACACGUCACUCUACCAGCAGGAGAUCCAGCGCCUCCUCCGACAACUGGAGGCCAUGUCUCACUCCUCCUCCUGUCCUCCUCACAGUAAGCAUGGCCAGACCGUGGACCACAAGUCUCCCUCCUCGUCCUCUUCCUCCUCGACGUGUAAAGAGCAUAGUCUAGCUCGGGGGACAGCCUCAGCUCCCAUCUCCGUCCCAAACAGCCCUGGACCUGGUAUUGCAGCCAGUGGUUCCACUUCAGAUGACGUUCUGGACCGGCCAGUACCUACGGAGCGCGGUGUGGAUUCCCCUGGGGCCGUGGUGGCAUCGCGUUACCUGGAGGAGGAGACCCAGCGUUCCCAGGAGCUGCUCCACCGGCUGGACGCCCACAUCCAGGACAUGAGGCAGGACAACUCCAGGACUGUCUCCAAAUACGUGGGCCACGCCAACGCCCCCUAACCUGGAUAACGAACCCUGAACUCAAACCUGCCGACAAUCCCGGGUAGCCACGAGACCACCUGGACAACAGAACGGCAGAGCCCAGGUCCGGAUGGAACGAUAGACCCUUCUGGGCGGGUCAUUAACUGACUAUAUAUAGGGAAGGGGAAACGUUGGGCUGUGGACGUCACCAGAUAAGUGGCACUGAAUGGUUGGCUGGUUGGCUGACUGGCUGGUUGGCUGACUGGCUGGUUGGCUGACUGGCUGGUUGGCUGACUGGCUGGUUGGCUGACUGGCUGGUUGGCUGACUGGCUGGCCUCCAGGGUGCGCCAUGGUACUUUAUGACCGGUAUGGUCCUCUGGCUGUUUCUCUGGAGACAGAACCUGUGUGAGGUACUGUGACAGGGGACAGGCGACGGGUUGGAUUGGUCCACAGUGGUUUGGAUGGGUUUGUGAUUGGUCCACAGUGGUUGGGAUGGGUGUGUGAGCUUUCAGAUGUGUGAGUAAGAAGCACUUUAGAAAACGUACCGUAUUGCUCAGCUGGGAGUCCUCCUUAGCAACGUCUCUCUUUGUACCCGUCUGAAUGUCUUUGUGUGUGAAAUAUAUUUUGCUGUUUUGGCCAUUUAACCCUAACCAUGUGUCACUAAUUCUGUUCUGGACAUCUUGUUCACGGAGUCAGGGAUUUUGUUGUGGUUGACAGCUGUCCUUGUGUGAUUUCAUACAUUACACCCAAGAUUGAAUGUAAACAUUGGUAUUAUGUUUACAUUCUUGCUGCACGUUUCUUUCUGUUGAGACAAGGUACACACAGGUGUUUUUGGU